AUGUCGUGGCUAUCUAUUCCCUCAGAGUCUCACUUCUCCAUCGCCAAUAUCCCAUUUGGCAUCAUCUCCACAUCAUCUGAUUCAACACCCAGACCUGCCGUCGCUAUCGGCGAUCAUGUUCUUGAUCUGAAGGCUUUUGCGAAGGGAGAUGGUUUCUCUGGGAGCUCGGAUGUUCAGAAGCAUGCUGAUGUCUUCUCGCAAUCGUCAUUGAACGCUUUUGCUGCUCUUGGACGGCCUGUUCACCGCGCUGUGAGGAGCUACCUCCAAGACGUUCUGGCAAAGGACACCAAGCAUCCCCAGAUCCUCAAGGAUAACCAAAAACUUCAAGAAACUGCUCUCCUCAAGCGCUCAGAUGUCAAGAACCAUCUUCCUCUUGCUAUUGGUGAUUACACCGACUUUUAUGCUGGAAAGCAUCACGCUUACAACAUUGGCUGCCUUUUCCGUGGGCCUGAUAACGCGCUGCAACCCAACUACACACAUCUCCCCGUCGCGUACCACGGACGUGCGAGCAGCGUUGUCAUUUCUGGCACACCGAUUCAUCGACCAUGGGGUCAAAUCCUGCGUCCCGGAAACAAAGUUCCUGAUCUUGCACCUUGUGAGAGGCUGGACAUUGAGCUUGAGAUGGGCAUGUUCAUCUGCCGCGAGAACCAAAUGGGACACCCCGUUCCUGUCGAUGAGGCUGAUGAACACAUCUUCGGCUAUGUUCUCAUGAACGAUUGGAGUGCACGAGAUAUUCAGGCAUGGGAAUAUGUCCCUCUUGGACCUUUCACUUCCAAGAACUUAGGCACGAGUAUUAGCCCUUGGGUCGUUCUCGCUGAUGCGCUUGAUGGUGCGAAGGCGGCUGGAAUUAGGAACGAUAACGAGAUCCUCCCAUACCUGAAGGAGAAGAAGGAGAAUAAUAUGUUGGAUAUUGAUCUCGAAGUGGAAAUUACCACUGCCGCUGGAAACAAGAAUGCUCUCAGCAAAACCAGCUCUCGUAAUCUGCUCUGGUCUUGGCCCCAGAUGAUUGCUCACCACACCAUCACUGGCUGCAACCUGCGACCGGGUGAUCUUCUCGGAUCGGGUACUAUCUCUGGCCCUGAUUCUGGUACAGAAGGAAGUAUGCUAGAGCAGACAAAGGGUGGCAAAGUGGCUAUUCAGCUCAGCAACGGCGAGGAGCGAAAGUUCAUUCAAAACGGUGAUACUCUGGUGUUGAGGGGAUCUUGGGGUAGUGGUGAUUCCAAGGUUGGCUUUGGCGAGGUGACUGGAACCAUUCUUGAGCCCCUUCCAUUGUUCAAGUAA